AUGGCGAACUUCUUUAGGAAAAUUGCCCCUACAGCCCCUCUUCCGGACACGGAGGAGGUAGAGAUGCUACGGCAAAAGGUUGGCACGCUGGAGGAGCUUGUGAAGCGAGCAGAGGAGGAGUUGCGGGAGGAGAAAGAAAAACUGUCCACGCUGCAAAAUAAAACCGCUCAAUGGAAAGAAAAGGUCAAGGAGCUAAACGCCAAGGAUCGGGCAUGCAUCAAACAACUUGAAGAGGAACUGAAAGUUAUAAAGGCCAUGCACGGCGAUGCGCCUAUUCCCAUAACCGCGGAGAUACAGUCGCUGGUGGAGAAGGGUCUUGCAACGCUGCGAUACGAGCACGAAGGAGAGCUGGGAGCCAAGCAGCGGGAGCUGGAAAAGGCGCUUGCAACCGUAUCGGACCGCGCCUCAGAGCUCGAGGAGAGCCAACGCAAGCUGGAAGCCCUCCAAAAGCAGCACAUGGAGAUGCAACAACGCUUCACAAGCCAAAUGGAGUCCCUAAGCAAGCACCAUGAAAUGGAAAUAAAUCAACUUAAUAAGCGUCUCAGCGAGGCGGACAGGGUUCAUGAACUCAAAAACCAUAUUAGUAAGCAGGAGGAUGAAAUAAAAGCGAUGGAAAGUCACUCUACCCAACAAGCAGUUCUUGCAGGGGAGUUGCAGAAGGAAAUAGCGGAACUCACGGCGAAAAAUAACGAACUACAGGGAAAACUUAACGAGUCCUUGGAUAAAAUGUCUGUUAUGCAAGAGAAGCAGCGGAAUUGGAAAGAAAGUGUUAAAAACAUGAAGAUGCAGGAUAUGAACACCAUUCAGGAACUGCGAGAGGAACUCGAAAGGCAAAAACGAGAAGCAUCCACUGAAAGCGGUCUUCAUCCGUCGCAUGAGGAAAAACUGCACCAGUGGAAGGAAAGGGUAAAGCAUGAAAAACUUAAAGAUAUGGAAACGAUUAAAGAUCUCACCAACAAACUUAGCGAAUCUCAACAACAGAUAGAUGAAGCACAAAAACUCAUUAACAAUGUAGCUAUUUUUCUUGAAGAAAUUCCACCAAAAGUCUCACAUUCCAUUGAAUUUAUAAGCAAAUACCGGUCACUAUUGAGCGAAAACUUCACGGCAACAAAAAAAACGGCUUCCGCCAAUAGUUCUACAUCCACUCCGUUGACAGCUAGAAAAGGCGAAAAAGCAGAUCAGGAUACAGUACGGGCGUCACAAAACCUGCGUGUACAGCUGGACGAGGCCUUGCAGCAGCGCGAGGAGGUGCAUCGCGAGCUGGAGCGAACCAGCGAGGAACUGGCCGCUCUCCGGGAGCAGAGCGGGGUGGACACCGCGAAUCUGCGUGCGCAGCUGGACGAGGCCGUGCAGCAGCGCGAGGAGGUGCAGCGCGAGCUGGAGCGAACCAUCGAGGAACUGGCCGCUCUCCGGGAGCAGAGCGGGGUGGACACCGUGAAUCUGCGUGCGCAGCUGGACGAGGCCGUGCAGCAGCGCGAGGAGGUGCAGCGCGAGCUGGAGCGAACCAUCGAGGAACUGGCCGCUCUCCGGGAGCAGAGCGGGGUGGACACCGUGAAUCUGCGUGCGCAGCUGGACGAGGCCGUGCAGCAGCGCGAGGAGAUGCAGCGCGAGCUGGAGCGAACCAUCGAGGAACUGGCCGCUCUCCGGGAGCAGAGCGGGGUGGACACCGUGAAUCUGCGUGCGCAGCUGGACGAGGCCGUGCAGCAGCGCGAGGAGAUGCAGCGCGAGCUGGAGCGAACCAUCGAGGAACUGGCCGCUCUCCGGGAGCAGAGCGGGGUGGACACCAUGAAUCUGCGUGCGCAGCUGGACGAGGCCGUGCAGCAGCGCGAGGAGGUGCAGCGCGAGCUGAGGCGAACCAUCGAGGAACUGGCCGCUCUCCGGGAGCAGAGCGGGGUGGACACCGUGAAUCUGCGUGCGCAGCUGGACGAGGCCGUGCAGCAGCGCGAGGAGGUGCAUCGCGAGCUGAAGCGAACCAGCGAGGAACUGGCCGCUCUCCGGGAGCAGAGCGGGGUGGACACCGUGAAUCUGCGUGCGCAGCUGGACGAGGCCGUGCAGCAGCGCGAGGAGGUGCAUCGCGAGCUGGAGCGAACCAUCGAGGAACUGGCCGCUCUCCGGGAGCAGAGCGGGGUGGACACCGCGAAUCUGCGUGUGCAGCUGGACGAGGCCGUGCAGCAGCGCGAGGAGGUGCAGCGCGAGCUGGAGCGAACCAUCGAGGAACUGGCCGCUCUCCGGGAGCAGAGCGGGGUGGACACCGCGAAUCUGCGUGUGCAGCUGGACGAGGCCUUGCAGCAGCGCGAGGAGGUGCAGCGCGAGCUGGAGCGAACCAUCGAGGAACUGGCCGCUCUCCGGGAGCAGAGCGGGGUGGACACCAUGAAUCUGCGUGCGCAGCUGGACGAGGCCGUGCAGCAGCGCGAGGAGGUGCAGCGCGAGCUGAGGCGAACCAUCGAGGAACUGGCCGCUCUCCGGGAGCAGAGCGGGGUGGACACCGUGAAUCUGCGUGCGCAGCUGGACGAGGCCUUGCAGCAGCGCGAGGAGGUGCAUCGCGAGCUGGAGCGAACCAGCGAGGAACUGGCCGCUCUCCGGGAGCAGAGCGGGGUGGACACCAUGAAUCUGCGUGUGCAGCUGGACGAGGCCGUGCAGCAGCGCGAGGAGGUGCAGCGCGAGCUGAAGCGAACCAGCGAGGAACUGGCCGCUCUCCGGGAGCAGAGCGGGGUGGACACCGCGAAUCUGCGUGUGCAGCUGGACGAGGCCUUGCAGCAGCGCGAGGAGGUGCAGCGCGAGCUGAAGCGAACCAGCGAGGAACUGGCCGCUCUCCGGGAGCAGAGCGGGGUGGACACCAUGAAUCUGCGUGCGCAGCUGGACGAGGCCGUGCAGCAGCGCGAGGAGGUGCAGCGCGAGCUGGAGCGAACCAUCGAGGAACUGGCCGCUCUCCGGGAGCAGAGCGGGGUGGACACCAUGAAUCUGCGUGCGCAGCUGGACGAGGCCGUGCAGCAGCGCGAGGAGGCGCGGCAGUCGUUUAGAAAUAUUCAAAUUAGGUUGAAUGAAAUUGAAAGGGAAUGUGAGGUUGCUGUGAAGGAAAAGGAGAGCGGUAUUCGUCUGGUGGAGGAGAAGCUGGUGCUAUGGAAGGAGAAGGUAGUCGCAGCGAAGGCUAGGGAUGAUGCAAGAAUUGGAAGUUUAGAAAUUACCGUUAGCUCACUUCGUGACAAUUUGAGUAAGCUUGUAAACUGUUUGGUGAACUUUUUGAAUGUUUUGGGCGAGACGGUGGCGUGUGAUGUGCAUGAGCACGGCGAUGACGAUUUAGAUUUGUCUUUGUUGUUCUCAUGUGUGGAUAACUUUCAGCGGCGGCUGGAACAAACCAUGAAAGCAUUGGACGUGUCCGAAGUGACCAUGCCGCUUAUUGAACUGCUUGUGUCUCUUAACGGGAAGGUUUCCGAGGGACAGAAGGCGUUUGUUGAGAUCUCUGCCGAACUUCAGCGCUGCCAGCACGAGUUGCAGGAGACGAAUUCCCGCUUGUCGGAGGCGGAGACGAAGGUGGGUUCUUUACCGUCGCCGGAGCUUGUGGCCGAGUUGGAAGCGAAGAAUAGUCAACUGGAAGAAAAAUGUGAUCUUCUUCGCAAGGAGAUUAAACGACAGAGGGAGGCAUUUCAGCGAGAUCGGGCCCUUCAAGGCCUUUCUUCAACAUCAGCGACGCAGGAAGAUGGGGGCGUAAAUUUACGUUCUGCGGCUGGUGUUGUCUUUGAGAGGGACAUGCUGUCAUUAGCCAACCAACAGAGUCAACGUGACAAUGAAAUUCGUCGGCUACGUGUCCAACUUCAAAGUCUUGAGAAGGAGAAUGCGGAGAUGAAGCGCGAGUGUGAGCAUAAUAACAGUGUGGUGGCGAAGUAUACGAAGGAUAUUGAGGUUCUCAAGGCCAAGGAACGAGUUCAGCAGAGUAUAGAGUACGUGCGAAAUGUAAUACUUCGUUUUCUAUGCUGCACGAAUGAAGAACUCCGGCUGCAGAUGCUUCCGGCGAUAUCGACGGUUUUGGAGUUUUCGUCGAAGGAAAAAUUGGAUGUCCAGAGAGCCAAUCCUUCGUGUCCUAGAUUCCAAUAG